AUGAUUAGUUCUCCCUACAACGAACACUGGAUUAAGUUCAGAAGAAUUCUGCACAACAAUGUUCUCAGCCCCGCCCACGUUUCAUUUCAGAGCUCUUCUCACCAGGCAGGUUUGGAUAAACUCAUCAACAAAUUGGAAAAGGAGAUGAGACAGAGCAAUGGUGUGGUGAGGCCCUUCGAUGCCCACUUAUUGCCCAUGAAAAUCCAGGCAAUGAAUUUUAUUGCCCACUUAUGCUUUGGCUUGGACUUUCAAGACGACAAUUUCUUGUCCAAGCUGGAAGAAUUCAUAGCUGAAGAUAUUAGUUUAAGUAAAAGAGGAGAUAUGUUUCUGGAUUCAUUUUCUCUUGCUCGUUUCUUUGUUUCUUCAUCAAUCAGAACAGAAAGGAAAUGGAAGUCUCUGAGAGCUGAUGUUUUGUGUCUCCUGGUGCCUUUAAUCCAAUUUGCUCGCAGUUAUAGAGAAUACUUUAAGCGAAGUGCUCCCAGCAGUUUCUUGAACUGUUUACUGUCCAUUGACGAAGGGGAGGAAGAAUGGGCUCUUGCUUACCUGAUAACCAAUCCUCACGUCCAAGAGAAGGCACAUCAAGAAAUAAGCGAAGCGACGGGGAACGGAAAAGAUGGGUAUUUUAGUUUAGAGGAUCUGAGGAAGCUGCCAUACGUGCAAUGUGUGGUGAAGGAAACGCUGAGAAAAGAAUUAAUUGCACCGCUCGGGAUGAUUCAGCAGUCGGAAAACGAGUGUAAGGUGAUGGACAUCACCAUAGCCGCAAAGUCACGAGUCCUUUUUAAUCAACAUAGCGUGAACAACGAUCCUGAGGUGUGGAAAGAACCGGAGAAGUUCAGGGACGAGAGAUUUUUAGGGAAUAAUGAGGUGAGAAUGGCAUAUGUUGCGUUUGGAGCAGGAAGGCGGGUGUGCGCAGGAAUGGACGUUGCCAGUGUGUAUGUUCCCAUCACUCUUGCCAAUUUGCUUAAAUCAUUCGAGUGGGGAUGUGUUAAGGAAGGUAGUCUUCCCGCUCUUGCUCGGGAUAUUCAAAAUGUGCUCAUGUCCAUGAAAUAUCCAUUGGAAGUUCGAAUCACACCUCGUCCAUCAUAA